UUUACUGUAAGUGACCCCUGACGAUUUUUAAUCAUGUCUCACUCCUCUCUCGGGAUUUCCUCACGUCUUCUUCUUCAAGACUAAAACCACAGCCAAAUUGAUGUCGGGCUGACGUCUUCCUGACAGGCUGAUGUCUCACUCCUAGAGGGAAAAAACCUGGCCACGCACACGUGCACACACACACGCACGAACGCCAGAGCCAAACGAGAAUGGACUGAAGCCUGAAGACUCACUGUGAGUGCGUGUCAAAGCCAACCAUGUCGACGUUGAGCAUCUGGGCCUGCCUCCUCUUCGCCAUCAGCGCCGCCGCGCAGGACAAGACACCAGAUGUUACUAUGACCUGUCUGGUCUCAGAGGAGUGCCUCCUCCCCUGCAGCUUCCCGCCCGCCACGCAGGAGAGUGUCCGCUGGUUCCAGCAGGACGUGGUGGUUUUCAGCUUCCGUCGAGGAGACAUCAGCGGCCACACCGCAAGCCAGGCGCUCGCCGGCCGCGCCACCAUGUUCCCACAAGUGAUCUCAGGGGGCAACGCCAGCUUGGUGCUGAAGGAGGUGGGUCUGAAGGACCGCGGCACAUACAGGUGUCACGUGCGCACCUCCACGGGGGAACACAAUGCCAAGGUGGUCUUGAAGGUGGAGGCGCCCAUCCAAGGACUGUCGCUGGAGCUCAACAGGCUGAGCGGCUACGAAGAGAUGAAGUGCAUCGUCCGCAACGUCUUCCCGCCGCCUCGGGUCACAUGGGCCACGGAACCGCCCACCUUUGAAGACUUGCGACCGAUCACACGCAUGCUGGCUGACAAGCGGGGGCUCUACACGGCAGACAGCAGGCUGAAGACCCUGAGUGGCCAACCGGACCUCAUCUACAUAUGCAAAGUCAGCACUUCCUACGGGGGUUCCACAUGGAUGUCCUCGCUGCGGGAGAGAGAAAUAAGAGGAAGCGAGGGGCGUGACCUGACCAUCCCCUGCUUCGCUCCACCCUACCUGAACAACCCCACCCUCCACUGGAGCUUCACCAACGGCGAGGACCCGGCGCACAUCCUCACCUACGACAGUCGCUCAGGGGACAGCGUCUCCACGCCGCCCUGGGACAACCACGUGGAGCUGGACGGCUUCAGGGUGCCUUUUGGGGACGGCUCCCUGCGCCUGAUGGACCCUGAGCACGCCGUGCACACGGGAACGUACAGCUGCGUGUUCUCUGUGCCGUACAACACGCACACGGAACGCACGGACGUCUCCAUCGAUGGCCCCACAGUGAAUCGGAGCACAUCGGAAGCGGCGUCAUACUGGUGGAUCGUGGCCCUGGCGGCGGCAGUGGUGGUUCUGGGACUGGUUGCCAUGUUUGCUUACCUGAAGCUUAAAGGAAGCGCCGCCAAGCCACCCAGGAGAGACCCUGAGGAGGUGACAGAGCUGAACUCAGUCAAAGGUGUUGGUGAUGAGAGUCAGAUGAGCGAGGGAGGGCGUGUUCUCGCUGGCGGCACCAAUGAACAGUCGGGCCUCUCCUGAGCCCACCAAUGCCGAUAUGUAUCCUAGUCCACAUAUUUGUGACCAGCUGUGACGACAAAGGAAAAAAAAAUUCAAUUGGGAAAUAAGUCCAGAUGUUCUGCUGAGAAAGGGAAGGGUUUUCCUGGGAAGAACCCACAAGAAACCUUUUGUUUUUGUAGCCGACCCUUUGCGGUUAGCUGAGGGUCACUCCGGAGUCAAGACCAAAGUUUUUGGGAAGGGUGGAGAUUUUCUUCAUGACAAUAACACUUUCUGUCAUAUGUGGAGCAAUGUGCCAUAUAGUUAAU